AUGGUAGAUGAAAUGAAGUUACUAGUAGAGAUCCAGUCCAUAGCCACAGGAAAAAGAAAAGUACGAAAUGAGCACCUAUUGACAAUGAAGUUAUCACCCGGUGUUUUUCAGAAAUAUUUAAUAGUAGAAGGUGUAGGAGAGGUUUUUCACAUUUCCUGUGUGACAAAUGACAUGGUAUGGAUUAGUGAUCGAAAUGGACAGAUAAUAUUAAAAAACAGAAAAGGUACCCGUAUGCACAUUUUGACAGAUACAGUUGGUCGUACUGGAGGACACUCUGUGACUCCUGAGGGGAAUCUAAUUUAUAUAUACAAGUAUUAUAACAUCAACAAAUUAUCUACAGACAACAAAACACUAAAUACACUUGUGAAGAGCACAGAACCAUGGGGAGCAAGGUGUGUCUACUGCUCUCCCUUCAAUGCAGAUCUCUUGAUUGGGAUGAGGAGAUAUGAAAGAGAUAACCCUACUUAUACGGAUGCCAAAGUGAUGCGGUAUAACAGCACAGGACAACAAAUCCAGGCCAUACAUCACGAUAACACGUGUCAUAAACUAUUUAAAUUUCCCAAAUAUAUCACAGAGAACCUUAAUGGAGAUAUAAUAGUGUUAGAUUUAUACCACCAUGCUGUAGUAGUGACAGAUCGUGGGGGGAGACAUCGCUUCUACUACACAGGACCAACACCAAAAUCACAACUAUCACCUCAAGGAAUCUGUGUGGAUGGGCUAUCACACAUUCUGGUGUCUGAUGCUAUAAGGAACACAGUUCAGAUGAUUGACAAAGAGGGUAACUUUCUAAUGAUGUUGUUCAACAUACAAUGCAGGAUAAAUGCAACUCAGGCUUUGGGCUAUGACAACAGAAGUCACCUUCUCUGGGCUGGAACAUCGGAUUCUGACAGUACAUUAUGUGUUUACAGAUACAUAUACCAGAGAAAUCAUCUCAUUUAA